AUGAAGCUCUGGUCAACGCUGGCUCUGUUCGCGGGCCUUUCUACUGCGGCCUCGAUUCUCAUUCCAGAAUCGGUAGAUGCCGACCAAGUGCAUGAGCCGCACGUGGUCGACGAAAGCUCGGCAAUUACCACGGUCAUAGUCCCGCAAGAUGCCCCAGCAGACUACCACAUCGAUUCCGUUAGUCUAAACGAAAGCCACGAUGCUCUCCAGAAGCUAAAGCGUCGCGGUGCCUCGAAUGAACCAAGAGAUACUAUCGCUCGUCGAGAUUUCUUUGAGUGCGCGACCUCUGGCAAUCCCCCAUCAGCUAGCGACUGCCAAACGGUCAUAAACAACGUAUUCGCCACCAACCAGAACCUGGUGAUCUCUUCUGGGGCAUGCCUCCUCUUCCAGUUCAACACGUGCUGGGGCUUCUUCUGCUCGCUGUGCCAGCGCCUCGGCACCAGCACCAACUUCAUUGGCAACGAGCUGACAACAGCCCACACGCUCUGUGUCGCUGGGGGUGCCGCAGGUACCGUUGUCGGUGAGAGCGCGCCGCAGUGGCAGGCUGGCUUUAUCCGUGCGAAUGAUUCCAAGCCAGCUGAUGCGUCAGCCAAACCCCAACGUGGCAGCAGGACGGCGAACAUUGAUACUGGCGAGUUGUCGGAUGCUCAGGUAACUAAGAUUCGCACUAUAGUAUCAGCAGCCGGGUACAUUUCUGAUGAAAUAACUGAGAUGAUUGAGUACUCCCCCCACGCGGCAAACGAAGGGGAUGAAUUGCAAGACGCAGACGAUGAGAACCUGUCGGAAAAAUUGAAAUUGAAGUUCCGGGAACUCGUUUGA